AAAACGAAUAGCCAGUCUACUAGACAGUAGAGCUGGAAGGAUAUUGAUUAAAUUAGAGAAAUUGUGCGUUCAAGUUCACACCUUUUCAACAUGGAUUGCGUGGUGGGAACACCGAUAAGGUUAGCGUUCAUACGUCAGUCGGAGGCGUGGUGACCAAUAGGCCGUCAAACUUGACAACCAACAACCACUAUCUCAUCGAAGCAGCUUCAGAGAUACCGGUCGAGCUCUUGAUAGGGCAGCUUCAAUUGUUUGCUUUUAUAAGCCAUUAGAUAGUUAGGAUCCAAGAAGAUCGUCGGCAAAAGUCCAUCAUAUUCAACCAUCAUGUUUGCUAAAAGUUUGCCCCUUGUGCUGGCGCUGUUGGAACUUCAGAGGGUAUCCGCAUGGGUGAACAGCCCCACUCCUGCAGUGUCCCGAUCCAUCCAAAGCCAAGAUGGAUGGAUGAUUCCAAACCACCACCACAAGAGACAUCUUUUGAGCAGCAGCAGCCUGGCUGCGACUUUGGAACCCCAAGAAAAAAUUGCCAGUGAUGAUAAUUCUUCCCAGAAGAGCCUCAUUCUGGAUACCCUCGCAUCGGUUGCCCAGGAAUCCAAAGAAUACGCAUCUACCUUUGGAGUAUCUCAUACCGAAGCUGCAGUCUAUGCCGUCUUUUCCGCCAUAAGAAACUCCAAAAUUCCUCUGGGCAUGACAGGAGCCCCCUUUGUGUUACGACGCGACGAAAUCAUUCAGGCACUCCAAGUUGAACAACCGCCGUUUGACCACUUUUUUACCCUACAAGAUUUGGCCACGGCGGUAGAAGAGGACUUUUUGGAUGCUGCAAGAGGUUCCACGGAUAAUCGAAAAGGGUGGCAGAUUACAACUGUGUCUAAUCCCCGAGGUGAGUCGUUUGAGGAAGCUCGCAUGACAUUUGAAGAUGUCGAAGCCGCAUUGGACAAGGGAACUGUCAUUCUGAAUGCCAUUGGAGCACACGUCCCAAAAUUGGCAGCACCGGCUCUGGCAUGCACCGAUGCUACUUCCUUGCCCAAUGCCAUCAACCUCUACGUCACGGCGGCUGGAAAGAGAACUAGUGCACCCCCACAUACCGAUCGACAAGAUGUAGUCGUGGUGCAAACGUCGGGACAAAAGCAUUGGAGAGUCUUUGCACCACCCAAUCCAGCACAAAAACCAAUGGCAGAUGUCUUUGCGCGUGGUAAAGGAGACGACAAUCUUCCCCUGCAUGUCCUCUUGGAUGAAAAUAGUGGAAAUGAAUUGCUCGUGGAAACAGUCUUGAACAUGGGGGACGUCCUGUUCAUCCCUGCCGCAUUUCCACACACGACAAGCACUUCAAACAUUGCCGACGAACAAGAUGCUACCAGUGUUCACUUGACCUUCAACAUUGACUCGCAUGUGUGGGAACUGGAUUAUUUGAGUGCCCGGAGGUUGGCCUUGAAACGAGGCUGUGUACAUGACGCGGUAUUGGGACAGACCAAGGACACGGACAAUCGUUAUCAAGGCAAAGUCAAUCAGUUGCCUUCCAAUGUUCGUGACGAUCUUCUCAAGGCACUGCCCAUGGGUCUGCUGGACGAAGAUGGCGACACUGUGGACGAACUCUUGAAGGAAGCCACGGCAGAAUUAAAGAGGAUUAGCUCGGCUGUGGAUGAGGAGACGGCAGCCGCAGUAGAUGAGCAAAUUUGGGAAGAUACCAUGGUUCGUCUAAGGCAACAAGGAAUGGAAUUGUUGGAAACGCAUCGGGACAUGUACUUGGCAGCCAUGCAAGAAGGAAAGACACGAGAAGCUGAGGAAGCAAUGACAGAACACCUCGGAGACUCUGCCACAACAUCUAGGAAGACCAUGACACCCGAACGCAUGCAACGAUUGAGUCUGUUUCGCGUCAAGAAAUACUAUGAUCAGAUUGAUGCCAGCAAGAAUUCCUUGAGGGAAUGGUCGUACCUGGGAAAACCUGCAGAACAGGGUACAACAACAGCGGGAUCCGCCAAUACACUACCCGCGGAUUGGGCAUUUACCUUGCCGGUCAAGAUAGGAGAUCAAGUGGAGGCAGAUCUAGGCGGAGCCUUUUUUGACGCCACAGUGACUCGCGUUGCCGGGAGCAAGUACGAUGUUCAGUUCUUUGAUGGAGACUCGGAGAUUGGUCUCGACCGCAGCAUGCUCAAAUUGAAGACACCCCCGGCCAUGGGCAGCGACGACGAAGUGGAUACCUCCAGUAUGACACCCAAACAAUUGAAGCGAUGGCGAAAGGAGCAGGAAAAGAAGAAGAGCUAAGAUUCUUAGCUCUUCAUUAGCAGUUCGUUACGGGAGUUGCUAGCUAGCUAGUUCCGUAUCUUGGCGGCUUCCUGUGCCCCCUCUCUCAUUUGCAACGGCUGGAAGAGCUAGCUAGUGUGUCCCACAUCCCUGCAAACGUUACGUUAACAUCGCCACUCCUAGCUAUCAUAGCUAGAGUCGUCAUGAUCCCUGCCAAGACAUUGAAAAUGAAAACCCACCGGGCGCCUUUCGUGAAGUUUUUCGCCCGGUUACCAGAAAAGAUAAGAAAACCCACGGACCUCGGCUUCACCUCUGUUUCAGACCUUGUCGAGCACGGCGUUAUCCGCCAUUUCCUGCUCGCACCGCCCUCAAUGAUUAAUAAUCGUGAGACGCUAUUUAUACCGGUAUAUCUAGCUAUGGAGAAGCUUGUGUGAUGUAAGGGUAACUAGAUUUUUAGUUGUCAUUCCUAAUUCCCCGGGCCCAUGUUAUGUCCAUUGCAAAUAUAUACAUUUUUCAGCAAGAGAUUCGUUCCCAUUGCGCACUGGGCACUUAUUCGUCCUGUGGUUCGUCAUCAUCAAAGCAGGAGUCCCCCGUGAAGAGCACCGGAGGCGGAAUGGGCACCGGAAGAGAGAAGGUUGGCAUGGUGGUUUCCGUCAGACAAUCGUCAAGCCCCGCCAACAUGGCGUCCAAGUCGGCAUCCAAAUCCGCAAAAUCUUGAACAUUUUCUUCCACAUCCCCAAACAAUCGACGUCGGCGAUCAUCCAAGCUCAAUUUACGUGGCUGUUGGUACGAUGAUCGUCGCUCUGGACUGGCAUCCAUAUCUCGAGAUACCGAAUCACUGUGUUCCCAAUCCAACGAAAGUGGAAACAAACCACAAACCGGAUGGUCUCCCUGGAUGACCUUGUACUCCCGAAUCUCCACGCUUGGUCCCCAUGAUACCCGUUUCUUGCUGUCGUCUCGCAAUCCCGAGUGAUCCGACCCUACCGAAACAUAAGAGAGAUCCCCAAUCGAUGCAUCCAAGUCUUUGGAGGCAGACGCCAUGCCGUAGUGUGAGAAUCGAUUCUCCCCCAGAGUGUCCUUGGUUGUCAGUAGUUUCAUGUCGUUGAGUUCAGGAAACGAUGCGGAAGAUGGUGGUGUGUGUGUGAUGAUCAUCUUUUGUGCGUGUUGACUGGUAACUUAUUUUAUUGGCUCUUUGAUACCGCUUGUCGGAGUUGCUUGCGCUAUUUUUAUGCGCUCGACUCCAAAGGGAAGCAGCAAGAGUUCUGCUCGGAGUACGUGGUUUGAUGAUGAUCGAUAUGGCAGGUUGGCUCCUGGUUCCUGGUUGCAAGUGCUUACCACCAUGUGUCGGUGGGAAUCGGCGAAUUCAUUUGCAGUUUCCGUUAGUCAUUACCGAGCAUCUCACUGCUUGUCGUGGCUUCCUUCUUGUGGACUGCCUUGGGCUAUAGUAAAAAACUAGUAAACCCCGUUCAUAAAGACCAUGGUGCCGCAAA